CGUGGGCUUCCUCUUUGUCUGCCUCUGGUGGUGUCCUCCGAAAUGUUUGUCCUUUACGUACGCUACUCUUAAUAUAAACCUUCUGCAGUUAUUCCACAGAUUUUGAAGUGCACAGGAACUGGCUUGCCAUCACUCACAACUUGCCCCUCUCUCAGUGGUACUAUGAAGCAACUUCGGAAUGGACCCUGGAUUACCCACCGUUUUUCGCUUGGUUUGAAUAUGCACUUUCGCACGUUGCCAAGUACUUUGACCCCAAGAUGUUGGUUAUUGACAACCUGAAUUACACCAGUCACGCAACAAUCUUCUUCCAAAGAUUUUCUGUCAUCUUUACAGAUAUCCUUUUCAUAUAUGCCGUUCGUGAGUGCUGCAGAUGGGUAAAUGGAAAACGAGCUGCAAAGGAUAUCCUGGAAAAACCAACGUUUAUUCUUGCUGUUCUGCUCUUGUGGAAUUUUGGGUUGUUAAUUGUGGAUCAUAUCCACUUUCAGUACAACGGCUUCCUGUUCGGGCUGAUGCUUCUCUCUGUUGUCCGACUCUGUCAGAAAAGAUAUCUGGAGGGCGCUCUUCUUUAUGCUGUUCUUCUGCAUUUCAAGCACAUCUACAUGUAUGUGGCCCCAGCAUAUGGCAUUUACUUGCUGCGAUCCUAUUGUUUUACUGCAAAUAACGCAG